AUGAUUGUCGAUGUAGCAAUAUUAGCCACUACAUUUCCUCACAAGAGAAAACUACACUUUUGGGCAAAGAAUUCAUUGUUUGCUAACAAGUAUACAAGACCUGUGUUAGUAAGCGGCGGUGUCGUGCCAGUGGAUAGAACCACUAAAAACAACCAGUUAUUAUUCGAUGCUACAUUUGAGGCCGCCUUGGAAUAUUCUGCGCGUUUGAGCAAACAGGAAUUGAUUGGCGAGGAGGAAGAUGCCAGAAAGAAAAAGGGAAUAUCACGACCAGUCAUAGUUCUUCCAUGUGGAAUAACCUACGUCCAAAAAUCGAAGUAUAGGAGUACGGUGAUGAUUGUGUAUGGCCCUCCGAUAAGAAUGGAACCGUACGAUAAGGAUUUUGAAAAAGAUAACCGUGCAACGGUUAAGAGAUUAACAAAAGAUAUUGAAUCUGCAAUGGAAAAGUUGACUGUAAAUGCGCCUGAUUGGAAAACAUAUAAUGCCGCGACUAUGACCAGACUUCUGUUAUUUUCUGAUGACAAGAAUAUUUCAUUAGAUGAUUUCGUGCAGGUCACUCAGAGUCUUAUCAAUUUUUACGCGAAUUCGAAUUCAGAGGAAAAAAUUGCGACAUCGAAAACUCUACUCGAUAAAUACAAAACUUCAUUAGAUAUGCUUCAACUUUCAGAUGCCGAUGUAGCAAGAUAUGAUAAACAUGGUAUCUCUAAACUCCGGGCGCUUUGUACGUUUCUAUACGAAUCACUUAAAUUUUUUAUUCAAUUGCCGUUCUUCCUACCGGCUCUGUUCUUUCAUUGGCCGAUCUAUGUGUUGGGUAAAGUUUCAGUAAAAUUCGAAAAGUAUGAAGAAUCCAUGGCCCAAAACAAAAUCAUGCUGGGUCUGGUGUGGUUGAUGAUCUCAUAUACGAUACUGUUUUUCAUGGUCUGGACCAUGUUGUUUUAUACCCCUUUGGGUCUAGUGCUCGCCGCCGGAGCUGUAUUUAUCUUUGCUUGGUACCAUGUUGCUCUUGUUGAUAGGCAAGUGAAGAAAUUAGCAUCUGCGUUAUAG